GCCUUCUUUUAUUUUUAUUUUCAAGGAUCUGAAAGGAGUUGCACGAGAUUCAGCUGUUAUAGAAAACAGGAGCUUGAUGCUUUGGCCGUUGCAUUUAUGGUAAAAGGUUCGUUUCCCCAGAACGUCGUCAACCGUUCAAACGCUGUAUACCUACCUACAGGAUCCAGUCAGCUUACCUGUGUGAAAGGGGGCGGAGCUUACCUGCGGUGACGUCAGAUCACGUGACACAUACCUGUUCGCGAUAUUAUUCGACUCCAGGGCUGUUUUGGCGUCGAAAUGCUGCCAUUUCAUACAUUCUAAAGCACAGAAAGUUGCCUUUACGAGUCGCUGAAUUGGUGGGAGAUGCUGAAGUAGACGCUAAACGUAGCAAAUAACCUUUUGUAAUCAAGAUAGUCGAAGGGGGAGGACCCACCAUACCGGUCCGGGAUGUGGGUGUUUGCCUUUUGGGGCCCGACGAGUCCUCCUCCUCCUCCUCCUCCCCCUCCUGCUGCCCUGCAUGGUCCACGACAGACAGACUAGCUAGAAGAAGACAGUUGAGGUUCAGGAGUGACCAUGGGAGGGUUAUUGUGAUGACUUGCCGUCGGUUCCUGCUGGGGGUGUGAAAGUUUCCCGAAAAAAGUGUAGCAUAGUAUAGUGUAUAUGUGUGAGUGUAACACAGCAAUGGCUGGGUUUCUGUGGUGUCGUGGGAGAAAUGACAGCAGACGGGACCCAGCAGUAGUACACUUCUGCGCGAUUGUCGUCGUGCUCUUAACAGUGAUGGGGGGGAUCGUGGACGUCGUGGGCGCCCUGGGCGGCGUCAUCUCGGAGAACGUCGUGUACGACUCCAGCGCCUCGCCCUACGUGAUCACGGAGGACAUUCUGAUCGAGAAGGGCGGGAAGCUCACCCUCGAACCGGGAGUCUCUCUGCAGUUCGAUCCCGGCGUUGGGAUCACCGUCAGGGGGAUUCUGCACGCGGAGGGCUCGCCCCUCCAGCGGAUCAAGUUGACGAGCAGCCAGCCACCGGGGGCGCCCAUUCAGAAAUCGGGCCUGCGCCUCGUGGAUGGCCCCACCCCCCUCCAAGGGAGGCUCCAAAUGUACUACAAGGACAAAUGGAGGUCGAUUUGCACCAAUUCCAAAAACUGGACGGCGGAGGACAUGACGGUGGCUUGCCGUCAGCUGGGCUUCACGGGCGGCAAAUAUUGGGAGUGGCAGGACCGGGCCAACAAUGACACAGGCACCCUCCUCUACGAGGCGCCCCAGUGCGUUGGCACCGAGGAUGAUGUCACCAGGUGCGCCUGGCACCACACUCCAUGGGGGAGGAGUCCUGCUGUUAAGAUGGGGGAUGGUGGUGGUGACAUGCACCCAGACCUCGGCCUGGACUGCGACGGGUACCACGCCCUCUGGAGGGGCACCAACUACUGGCGGGGCCUCCUCUUUGAAGACGCGGCCUUUGACGAACACCUCUUCCAAGAAAACACACUGUACUAUAAGGUCUCGAAGUCCAUCCUCAAGUACGUGGACAUCGAAUACGCCGGGAUGGGGCCGCAGAGGGAGGUCGAGUCGGCCAUCAUGAGCAGGAAGGUCCCUCCCCAGAUGAGCCACAUUAGCAUUUCGUCUAACGCCUUCAACGGCGUCAACGUCACUCUGCCGGGGACUUUCGUCCACGUCGAAGGAGCCUCUGUCAGAGGGAAUAAUGGCUACGGCAUCUACGUCAACACGUCGACGGGGUCGGUGCUGAUCGACAGGUCGACGGACGUGUCCGACAACCACGCCGACGGCGUCAAGUACAACUUCCACCACCGGGAGCCGGACAAGUCGGCUUCGGACACCUUCCAGGACUUCUGCGCCGGCGCCUCCAACCCGAACCAGGCCUAUCCCAUCGUCACCGUGGCCAGGCAGGAGAGGGCCGCCUUCACGGAGCUCAAUUGCGAGAGGAACUUCUACAUCAGCAAGAGUGACUUCGUCUUCACAGUCCACUUCACAUACAUGCAAUCAGAAUUCAACGGAGCUGCAACCGUGGAAGUCAGGGACCGAGAGAAAUGGGGCGACUUGCUGACGAGAUUCGAGGUCAAGAACGGAACGUUUCCAGCCUCCGUCGUUUCCAGGGGCAACAGCAUCUGGAUCAAGGUGAAGGCGAAGGCCCACAGGUUCGCCUUCAUCUUCAUGGAGGUGGUGGCGAGCAAGUAUAAGAUGUUUGACGUGAGCCUCCAAGACUCCUUCAUCUCGGGAAACAGCGGCCACGGCGUCGCCCUCGAGAACAUGAGGAGUCUCGUCCACAUCAACAAGUCGAACCUGACCAGAAGUCACUUCGGGUCAGGCCUCAAUGUGAAAGGGGGAGCUGGCGACGUCAACGUCACCUACUCGACCAUAAGCAACAACCACGGCGACGGGGUCAACGUGACCUAUGAAGGAGGCCUCCAGAACAUAACCUGGAGUUCAGUCACAGACAACCACCUUCGCGGAGUGGCCAUAUGGUUCAACGAAAGCGGCCUGGAGUCCAACAUAAGACACGAGACGGGCGUCGCCUAUUCGUCGUUCAGCGGCAACCUAGAUGUGGGUCUCAGGGUCGGGAAUUUCUGCAAGGACUCCUUCGUGAACAUCAGCGGGAACUCGUUCACUGAGGGUCACAAAGCUGCUCUGAAGAUCGAGUCGUGUUGGCUGAAAGACAGAGGGCAGCGCAAAGUGCAGAUCGGUCAGAACCUGUUCAAGACGAACCUCCGCCUGGCUGUUGAUGUAUCGCCAGCAGUAAACAUGGAUCUAAAUGUGGAAUAUAACGAGUUUCAUCAGAAUGAUCAAGGCACCCUGAUGAUCUACAAUGAAGACAAGGUCGAGCUGCAGAGUUUGCCCUUCUCGGGUCGCAUAUUCAGGAAUAACUUCAGGGAUAACACAGGUUGGUUUGUACUGAGGCUCUCACUGUCGAUUUUAGGUCUGGACCAGAACUUGCGAGUGGAGAAGAACACCAUUAAAAACAACCUCGUCAAAGAACUGUACAGCAACUUCCCGUCAAGAAGUCGCUCCUCAGGUGUCCUGUGCGUAGGGUCAGCCAACAUUGUCAUUUUCAGGAACCUGAUCGAGAAUCCAUUGUCGACCUACGAAAUCAGCUCACACACGACUGACCAGAGCAAACCCAUCAACGCGACUUAUAACUGGCUAGGGAGCAAGUUUGAGAGAGAGAUAUUCGACCGCAUACUCGACCGCAGGGACCGGUACAACUUGGCCCUGAUCGUCUUCCACCCUUACCUUCUGGUCAGCAACAACGUGGACACUCCAGUCAUCGAGCAGGGUCAGAUGAGUGAGCCUGACUUCUUUAGCCGGGAGGACGACCACAUCAUAGGUGGUGAGGUGAACGGAGAGAUCACCCUGACCGACGGCGUCUACACUGUCACUAGGGACAUCUAUGUCCACGGCACAGGCACCCUGACCAUAGCCUUUGGCACGACUCUAGAAUUUGCUGAAGGUAUGGGCAUGAUGGUAGCUGGCUUGCUGAGAACAGAGGGUUCAGGCAGCAAUGCUGUUCGGUUUACCCUCCAAGGGACCACCUUGAAGGAACAGGCUCUUCUGACGGCGCCUCUCUUUGGAGAGGAUGAGCUGAUAAUGACCAAUCUGACAGUGCUGAAUGCGACAGGAUCGCAGGAUGCCAUGAACAAGACGACGGAAGGUCCUACGAUUCCUGUGAAGUUAGUAGGAGGUAGAGAUGAGAUGGAGGGAAGGCUUAUGGUCUACAAAGAUGGCGACUGGGGAACAGUCUGCAACCAUGGCUGGAACCAGGACGCUGCUGCUAUCGUCUGCCACCAAAUGGGCUAUGUGCUGAAUCCCGAGGACUGGUACCUGGAACCAGGUGUGAUGCCCCCAGACGGUCAGGAUGCCAGGAUUAUUUUGAGCAACGUCCAGUGUGACGAAUUCGACACAGACAUCACCCAGUGCAAAAGCGACAACGCCUGGGAGCUGGAAAACUCCUGCACGCACGGGGAGGACGUCGGCAUCCGCUGCUAUCCUGGAACUUGGGCUGGAAUACGGUUGGGCAUGACCGCCCGCGAGAGUUAUAUUAAAGGAGUUAUUAUCGAGAAGGCUGGAUUGCUGGAUUAUACCACGAGAGCCUUCAAACCCGCCCUGCAAAUCGACUACCACCACCACAUCAUCCAAGACAUCUCCGUGAGGGACAACUCCCACGACGGGGUCGGCGUCUUGUACAGCAACCAAUACGCCAUAGGGAACCCGGACGCCCGGAUCUUCAAAGGGUGCUCCUUCACCAGGAACAAAAGGCACGGCGUCAGCCUCCGGCAGCUGGGCGUCAAUAUCACAGGAUCCAAUCUGCAGCAGAACGGAGGAUCUGGGCUCCAUUUCAACCCUUUCAUCACGCGAGCCGAGCAGAGAGAGCUGACCGGCUGGCUGAAGCUGAGACAGCAAGAUUACAUCGAGAUCCCUGGAUCCCCGAAGGAGAUUCAGUUGACCAUCAACGUUCCUAAGGUCUUCAUAACGAAGACGCUACGAGGCGAAGAGAAACAAGUCACUGUUCACAUUUCGACUUCACACUCGAAUGUCAUUGGGAUCCAGCUGAUGAAUCCUAUUGCCCCAGAUAGUACGGAACAGAUCACCAUUUACGAUUAUCAGGAAAUUAUCCAGAGUAAAGACAUUCGCCGCUGGAACGUCAGAAGCGACCAAGUAGCGUUCCCGACGACUUCGAACAGUUACGCCGUAACUAUCGAGUAUAAAUUGAGGGUACCUUGACGGCCCCUUGAUGCCGUCAUCUUAAUUCUCACUGCCAUUGAUCGCAGAGACAUCGCCCAAGCAGGGGACAUGAGGAACUUCAGGGCCAAAUGGCCCAUGGUGUUCAUAGAGAACACGAGAAUCCACGAAAAUGACAUCGGGAUAUCAACCUUGCACUACAACAGGUACUUCACAGACGACGGCGACCAUCUCCUGCGCUGCUCCAACGAGAGCAUCAUGGUGGUGAACUCGCACAUCGUGAACAACCAAAACCAGGCCAUGUACACCCUGUCCCCCUUCCGGGUCAAGCUGGACAACGACGACAUAGGAGAGGUCACCUUCAUGUUCAACGGCACGACGAUCUCGGGCAACGGCCGUGGCGUCGAUCAGUAUAGCUGGGACGUCCGCGAAUCAAACAACUUAUUCCACUGGGUGUUCGAGGACAUUAUUAUGGAAAACAACGGCGGAGGCGGAAUAACGCUGAUGCUACCUUACGUGUGGCAAUAUAACGAAAACUUCACCCACACAGUCUACGUCAACUCUUCGACUUUCUUGAACAACGCCGAAUUCCAGUUCAAGAUCGACGGCUACUUCGCUCGUUUCAACAUGACCUACUCGAGAUUUGAGGACAACACCUGCUACAAAGGGCUCCUGUCAGUUCGCGGGAUGGAGAAGGAGAUGUUCAUCUACGAGAACAACAUCCUCUCCAACAUAGGCUCCUAUAUGGUCGAAUUCAACACCGACAGCCAGAGCAACAUUUUGGGGUCGGUGAGGGCCUACUUCGCCAGCAACAAAGUGCAAGGGAACCGACACAUGAUGCAGCUGAGGAGCAGCGCCUCUCGUGCCCACCAGCCCGCCAGCUACACGAUCGGGGUGCGGGGUCUGCAGAAGGUCAACAUCACCCACAACCUCCUCGGCUCCAACGAGAUGGACUACGAGCUCCUGGCGGGGCUCUUCACCAGCAGGAUCAACAACUACCUGAACGUCGAGGCCAACUGGUGGGGCUCUCGGGAGCCGGACGUCAUCGAAGAGAGGAUAUUCGACUUCGACGACUGGAACAACUUCGCCUUAGCCGACUACCUCCCUUACCUCAUCGAGGACAACUUCAAUGCGCAGGUGUCGUCCAUAGGCUCGUCGAGGAUGGAGACGAACAAGAUGGACCUGAAGGGGCUCGGAGGGCGCCUCCUAGAAGACCUGACCCUCCAGAAGAGAGACGAACCUUACUUGGUCAAGUCAGACCUCACUGUUAUGCCAGGGGUGACUUUGAAAAUCGAAGCUGGGGUAGUCCUUGAGUUCUUCCCGAGUGUGGGCAUGCUCGUCCUCGGGCGUCUUGAGGCCAUAGGGCGCAGGAAUGAGAAGAUUAUAAUGAAGCCUGUGGACACCUCCGUGGCUACUCACUAUCGUGUGGGGCGUCAGACCAAGUCGUCGCUUGAAGCAGUUCGACUAUGCGUUGAGGGCGACUGUGAGGGAAGGAGGGACGGGUUCCUGGACAUCUUCAACGGCACCACCAAACAGUGGGUGCCAAUCUGCGACGACCGCUUCUCCGAGAGGAACGCCGAGGUCGUGUGCCACCAGCUGGGGUACAACAAGGUCAACGUCUUCCUGGGACGCAACAAGAGGAUCGAGAUGUUCCCGAACGCCCUCAUCCGGGUUCGGUCCUGGCCCGAUCCUAUACAGUGUGAUGGUAGCGAAGCCGGGCUGGACGAGUGCAACGUUAGGAUGAAUGGACAGAUAUAUGACCACAGGUACGAGUGUGCUUGGAAUGGCGACUUUGUUUACAUCUCCUGCGGUGAUCUCAGCCUUCAUAAGGAUGAUCAGGAAUACUGGGGUGGCAUAAGGUUCUCCAUCCACAAAUUCGAGCACCUGGACGUCUACAACCGCAUCCACGACCCGAACAGCCCCAAUCACGCCCACGCCCACCCGUUCGUCCACGGCGCCACGACCUUCUCCGCCCACCGCUCCAUCCUGGAGUGGGUGGAGGUGAGGGGCGCGGGCAUCCUGCACAACGACAAGUCCCCCGCCAUCAUGUCCUUCCACGAGACGCCCGCCCUGAGGGGCGUCACCGUCAAGGACUCCGCCCACGACGGGGUCACUAUUGUGUCUGCUACGGACGCCUUCGAUAUGCUCUACAACACCUUCCAGAACAACCUGGGCUUCGGAAUCUCCCUGAUGGGGCUGACGGGUGAGACGCGUGAGUCGGAGGAGUCCUCCUUCUUCCCCCUCACUCACCUGCGGCUUCCCUACCACAUGUUCGGCAUGGUCGACAUCUGCGACUCGACCAAGGAGCUGGUCAUCGAGGAGCGAGUCGUCCUUUACUACAAGUACGACAACAGGCCCGUCGACUGCGUCAAGAUAUUCUCGUCCGUGUUCGACGUCAAGAAUUUCGGGUUCAGGCUCCUACAGUUCAACCUCUACAACUCGACCGAGGAUCCCAUGCUGCCGGACAGGAUCGUCCUAUACGACGGAGACGUCUACAACCAGACGACCCAGGUCCUGUCGGAGAUCCACAUGAACAGCGGGAACCACAUGAGGUUCUUCAAGACCGAAGGGACGCGCCUCAGCAUCGAGCUGCACGCGACCGGAGCCUCCGGGGACAUGGGAUUCACCGCAGAGAUCGUCACCCUGCCCAUCUCUGAUCUGGGAAUCAAUCGUAACAUCCUCCACAACCUGACGUACAACCAGUUCUACGACAACGUAGGGGGCGCCGUGUUCGCCGCCACCGCGGGGGAGGUGAACCCCUGGGUGUGUUUCUCCUUCAGUAGGAUCGAGAACAACGGCAGGCAGCUCUACGCUAACUUCACCACCACGAGGGCGGCUCACCUCGACCUUCAGAAUAUGCAGGAUGUCUACUUCAAGAACAACCUGGUCCGCAACAACACCGGGGGCCUGUACAUCCUCGCCGGCUCCAUAGGAGCCGCAACGAAGCUCCAAGCCAACGUGACGAACAACCUCUUCGAGGGAACGCUCCACUGGCCCGCGCUCCAUAUCGAAUCGCGGGAGAACUCGGCCUACCAGCACGCCCUCAUCGCCUACAACGACUUCAGCUGGUCCUUCUCGCCUUACCAUGACGUCAUCACGCUCGGGCAGGUCGUGUCGGUGUUCACCCACAACUACGCCCACAGCAAUAUCGGCAGACACAUCCUGGAUAUUUACGGCUUCCAGAAGGUUCGCCUUCCAGUCUACCAGACGACCUCUCAUAACAGCUUAGCCAAGAACAUCGCUGUAGACCCAACAUACCAAGGAACCAUCAUUGCUGGAAGCGCUGGCCAACAGUUCGUUGACAACGUCUUCUACAACUGGGACAACGCCUACGAGAUGGUAGCAGUCAACGAGUCUGUACGCUGCAACAUUUCCUCGGAAUGCCUGGAAAAGGAUAUCUACCACCUUUGGGAUAAGGAGAGAGCCGACGUCUGGAAGACGCCAAUCGACGCUCGCAACAACUGGUGGGGAUUUAAUACGAGCGUCGCCGUCUCCGGCAGGAUUCACGACAAACAGGAUGACCGCACCCUCCUAAGUGUUGAUUACAGCGAGUGGAAACUGAACAACUACAGCCUCCUGCGAGGGUGUGAGCCGGGCUACACCCGCGUCGGGGACGCCUGUUACCUGUACGUGGGCGCGCCCGUCAGGUACGAGGAAGCCAAAGCCUUCUGCAAGAGGGACAACGCCUCGUUACCCUUCCUGCAGAAGUGGUAUUACGAAGUACAGAACUGGCUCCUGGAACAGCAGCCGGAAUACCGGUGGGAAUACGACAUGGUCUGGGUACAGCAUCUGGAUGUUGUAGGCGGGUGCGCUGCAUUUGUUUAUAGGCAAGUUCGCUCAGUGGACUGCCUACUCAAUCUGCCCUUCAUCUGCGAAUCGGACCCGGACGAGACCAUCGACAAGUAUGCCUGGGUUUCGGACACUUUAGCCCUGGCUGCCAUAGCCGCCACCGUCGGCUGCCUGAUCCUGGUGGUGGCCUGUGUCUCCUGCUGGGUGUGCAAGUCCCGUCACCGGCGGAAGGAGCGGAUUAUUCGCCGAAAUUCCAUCAGGGCUUCCAUCCGGUCAAAUCGGUCGGCCUUGUCGGCCAUGUCGACGACCAGCGGCGGAUUCAGCGACAACGGAAGGAGGAGGAUUAUUCCCGACUCCCACAGGGCGUCCCCGAUGAAGGCCAGCGGGGGCGGCGGUGUGGGGGGCGGUGGGGGCGGGGCCUCCGCAGGGAGCAUGGGAUCCCGCAUGAACGGGCUCCACGGUUCCUUCGACUCGAUAGCCAAGUCGCAGCUGAACUCGUCCGUCGACGAGGAUCCGAGUUUCGUCGUUUACGAGGAGACGGAGACGACCCAGUCGCCUCCCAGCUACACCACCAACAUAGACGCCAGAUUUACCCACGACCCACGCCUGGAAAACGAGAAUGUUAACGAGCUGGUCCACCCCAGUUUUAACAUGACUUUCCAGAACCACGGUUAUAGGGACAACUCGGCCUACCCUUCCAGGGACAACAGCACCUUCUUCCACGAGAACUCCCAGCACUGGAACGGAUCUGACAAUAACAACUCGCCCACCACUUUUGGCAAACCCCCCUUUUCCACCUAUGGGCAUGGCACUGCCCCUCGCCUCCUUCAACAGAACCAUCACCCUCAUGCCCCGGUGCCCCCAAAGCCAGUGGGUAUGAGGCCGAGGCUGCCCACGCCUCCUUGGAAGGGCCAGCCUAUUAUGAACAGGUAUGCUCCUUACUACGGUAGAUAUGGAACGGACCGACCUUGGUCUAUGCUCGGCACGACCUCCAGCUUCCGGAACGAGUCGUUGCACGGCUCCACCAAUCAGCUAGCGGCCAUGAGCGCAGCCACAGACUCCACCCUGGAGAUGAAGAAGGAGAUCGACCUGGCGUGCGAUUACGAAGACCCCCACCAGGCAGCCACGCUGCCCAGGGACCAGGGAGCCCCCUUCCAUUACGUCUCUGCGGAUGUCCUCGAUGCCGCAGGCAUAGGAGGAGGAGGAUUUGGAGGAGGUAGUGGAAGAGGUGGUAGGAGAUCGCCCACACCUUCUCAAGGAUCAAGGGACUACUUCUCUCAGGGCAGGUCACAGAGUCAGCCGUUGGAGACGGCUAUGUAAAGCGGGAAGUUUUAUAGCCUACUUGUUUAGACUGUGUUCGUCACAAUAUAUAUAUAUAUAUAUAUAUAUAUAUAUAUAUAUAUAUAUAUAUAUAUAUAUAUAUAUAUAUAUAUAUAUAUAUAUAUAUAUAAA